CCAAGCCCAGGAGGGAGGAGGAAAGGGGGGCGGAGCGGACGAGCUGCCUCCGCCGCGGACUGGAGCCACCACCGAGCCCCGAGCAGGGAAGGCAGGCGAGGCGAGCGGCCACUGAGGAGCCGCAGGAAGGGAGCGGGCGGGCGGCUCGGCUCGCCCCGGCAGGCAGCAGCAACGACGGGUCCCUUAGAGGGAGUUCGGGAAGACCUCUAGCAGGUGCUGUCAACACUGAUGAGAGAUUUUAUAUGCCAAGACUGUCAGUAUUUGAAUAGACCACAUCAUGCGUGAGUACAAGCUAGUGGUCCUUGGCUCAGGCGGCGUGGGGAAGUCUGCUUUGACUGUACAGUUUGUUCAGGGAAUUUUUGUUGAAAAAUAUGACCCUACCAUAGAAGAUUCCUACAGAAAGCAAGUGGAAGUAGACUGUCAACAGUGUAUGCUUGAAAUCCUCGAUACAGCAGGAACAGAACAAUUUACAGCAAUGAGGGAUCUCUAUAUGAAGAAUGGUCAGGGUUUUGCACUAGUAUAUUCUAUUACAGCACAGUCUACAUUCAAUGACUUACAGGACCUGAGGGAACAGAUCUUACGGGUCAAAGACACUGAAGACGUUCCCAUGAUUCUGGUUGGCAAUAAAUGUGAUCUGGAAGAUGAACGCGUAGUUGGCAAAGAACAGGGACAGAACUUAGCAAGACAGUGGUGUAACUGUGCCUUUCUAGAGUCAUCUGCGAAGUCUAAAAUCAAUGUUAACGAGAUUUUUUAUGAUCUCGUCAGACAGAUAAAUAGAAAAACACCAGUGGAAAAGAAGAAGCCUAAAAAGAAAUCAUGUCUGCUGCUCUAGACCCACAGCACGCAGCAGCUCUGAGCCAGAUUACAGGAAUGAAGAACUGUUGCCUAAUUUGGAAAGUGCCAGCAUUCCAGUACUUCAAAUAACUACACCAUGAAUUAACAACAUAUCUGAAGAGGCUUCUGUUUUUAUAUAUUAUGUGAAGAAUUUAGAUCUUAAAAUGGUUUGCACAAAGGUCCCUGGGGAAAAAAAGAAAAAGAAAAUUGCUCUCUGUAUAUCUCUUGGAAAUUAAAGACAAUAGUACUUCUCCUUUGCAAUAGCAGUUAACAGAUGUGAUAAUAAAUAUAAUUGACUCUAGUUGUAUGAUUAUACAAAAGAGCAUGGAUGCAUUUCAAAUGUUAGAUAUUGCUACUAUAAUUUCAUAUUGACCUCUUACCAUAAUUUUUCUCCCAUCAAGCACUAAAAAUGGUCAGUCAUUAAUACUUUAUAUCUAUCAAGAUAGAUAUAACUACACAAAUUUUACCCUUUGAACUCACUGCAACAAAUAACUUUCCAAGUCAUUGACUUCAUUUUAUAUUUAAAAAGUUAUGGAAUAUCAUUAUUUUCAUUCUGCCAUUAUAUUCUAAUUAAAAUUGUGCAUAAUGCUUUGGAAAAAAUGGGUCUUUUAUAGGAAAAAAACUGGGAUAACUGAUUUCUAUGGCUUUGAAAGCUAAAAUAUAUAAUAUACUAAACCAACUCUAAUAUUGCUUCUUGUGUUUUACUGUCACAGAUUAAAUUACAGCUUUUAUGAAUGAUUAAAUUUUAGUACAUUUUCA